AUGAUAGACCAGAAGCCUCUUACAUCCGAUCCCGCACCCUCUAAACCUUACCCGUCUCGUCAACCACUCGCAACCCAGCCCAACGGCGCCUCACGACUACCUCCGAAAAGCAGUGACGCUACAGACUAUCAAUACUCAAGCCACCUGAUACCAAAUAGAGUCGAUGCACUCGGUCGGAAACGCAGUGAGGUAAGCGCAGCAGGGAGUGAGCCGGAUAGCCUUCUGGAGCUCUACAAAGGCGGAUCUGAAAGUCGGAAGAACUCUUAUCAUAUUGGAGCUGGUGAUGCGAGAAAAGCUUCUCAAGGUGUGGACAAGAAUGACGAGGACGACGAGUCGAAGUGGAUACACAGAGACAAACUUGCCCAGAUCGAGAGUCGGGAGUUAGAGGAAGCUGGACUGCGCGCUCGCGGCACAAGUCGAUCCAACCCACCCAGCAGAUCUGCUAGCCACUCGAGACAUCGGCGGAAUGCCAGCCUCGGCGACACCAGCAAAGAUACUAAGCAGGAUGACGGAAUCAACGGCCACUACCCACCACUUCAGGAGAGGAGACAACACGCAAUUUCGCCCAUACCAGCAUCAGAGGCGUCAGAGAACGGCGAUGUGGACUACGACCCCAGAACGAGGAAUGAGGCGGCUGCUGAGCACGAGCGAGAACAAGCAAACCAAGGAGCACGCCAGCACAUAGUACGGCCCAACACCUCCCGCAUACCCCUCGCAAAGACCAGCCCGGCACCAGUACCACGCCCCCUAGUAGCGGGAGAUUCGCCGCGGCCACGCAGCCGUGGCGGAAGCGGACUAUGGAGCGGCCUGUACGAGAAUGGCGUCGCAGUCAGCAAAACUCGAGACCGCAGCGCCACAGCUGAGAGCGCCGUGCUUCCAGACGACAUGAACGACUCGGCCGCUCGAUCACGGCGCGGCACGAGCAUGGAAGCCACUUCUCCUCCAACCUCACCGCCCAAAGCUAGAGUCCCGUCGAAGACGACCCCUACAUCUGGCUCUAGGAAGACCAGCAGAGCCACAUCGGGGACCAAACCGCGAGCGACCUCCGCAACGCACAAGGACUCACCUCGGCGACCGGGCACAAGCUCAGGCGCGUCUCGGCCUGCCACAGCCCGACCGGAAGGCGAAGCACCGUGGAUCGCUACGAUGUACAAGCCGGAUCCAAGGCUGCCGCCCGAAGAGCAAAUGCUCCCCACGCACGCCAAGAAGCUGGCUCAGGAGCAGUGGGAGCGGGAAGGCAAGACCGGGUCCGUAUACGACACCGAGUUCAGGCUCCUCAACACGGACGACUUUGCCAGGCUCGAGGCCAAGCCGAAAGAAGAGCAAGCGCCUGAACCGCAGAAAGAAGAAGAGCAGCCGCCGCAGUGGCCGCUUUCUACCCCGCCGACCGAGAAGGCCGAAUCGGAUAACCUGAGACCUGGCAAUGGCGGGAGUCAGCAUGGCGGCUACAGCACGAUGCCGGCGGUGCGGGUACCGAGCCCACAAAUGCAGCAACGGAGCUCUAGCUCUACCCCUCCAGCUAAGGUUGCACCUCCUAUCAGACCUGCAACUGAGACGAGAAGCUCUACUACAGAUAGGCCGACUGAGAGGAUCAGAGUACAGGAUCCGCCCGAUAAGGAGGGGAAGGAAAAGAAGUCGUGUGGCUGCUGUGUCAUUAUGUAG